UACAUGUGGUUAAUGAAAAGAAAAUAUUUACAGCAUCGUCAAGCUCACUACUGCAAUCACGGAUUGAUGAGAGAAAAGAAUCUUCAUUUCACCACUGGGAACCAGUCUGGUAACAUCUGAUAAAGAUGUUGCCUAAACGGCUCAUCGUUGGCUUGAUAAGCUAUUGUCUUAUGAUCAGAUGCACUGGUGGUAAUGAGAGGUGUGGGGCCUCCAUUAGAGGGGCGUGUCCUCCUGCUUGGAGCCAGUGGGGUGACAAAUGCUACAAGAAACUCAGCGAGAAUCUACCAUGGGCUGAGGCAAAACAGGAGUGCAUCAAGAUGGGAAGUGUCUUGGUCAUGCCACAGUCUCAGGAGGAAACUGACUUCCUUCAGAAGAACGUGUACUACUGGUUCUGGAUCAACUGCAAUGAUCUUCAAGUUGAAGGUGCAUGGUUGUGUCAAGAUAGCACUACUGAUGUUGAGUACAGAAACUGGGGUAAGGGUGAACCUAGCAGCACCAGCGAAGAUUGUGCAGUGGUGACAAAUAGAGGUGAUUGGAAUGAUGUGUCAUGUGACGAUCUCUCUCCUGUCAUCUGCAAACGACCAGCACCACAGCUGCACUUUUAAGUAACGCCAAACAACUGACUGCUAAUCAAAUUUAACACCCCUCCCCAAAAAUUAAAGAAUGAAAUCAUGUAGAAAGUAUUGCAACUAUGCAAGUGAUUGAUAGAACCAUUUGAACCAUCAUGAAUUUUGGAUAU